CUUCAACUUCAACGCUUCUACCGCUACAUUCAUGUCUGCCUACUCACAUGCGGGCCGUUCCUAUGAUACUAGGCUAGUAGCGCGACCCGCCCAUGCCUGAUCAUCAUUCACUAUAUCCCCAUGUCAAUGCAGCAAGGGAUGAUACAGGGAUAUAAACCGCAUGCCAACAUACCUGCUGGUUCCUGGUCCACCGUCUUCUAGCUGUUCUACCCCGGGCCAGAGACGAUGCCCGAGUCCUCAGACGAACAAUACGCCAUUCAACAGCUGAUCCUGAUUAAUGCUAUCAAUUACUGUGCCGUGGCGACCACAGCCUUGGUCGGUUACGACUGGUUGCUUAGCAUGGCUACGGAGGUCAAGGUCGUCUGGACUUGGAAAUUGACAUUGUCGUCUGCAGUGUAUGUUCUCACACGCUACCCGAUACUUCUCUUCGUCGCAUUAGAUUGGGUCCCGUUUACAUAUUCCGAGGCAGGGUGUCGAGGGCUGAUGAUAGUCACCGCAAUCACGAAUGUUGUACUUGUUUCGAUGCCCGGCGUAUUUGGAGCUCUUCGUGUCUACGCAGUCAGCGGGCGUGACUGGCGCCCCACCUUGUUGACCUUGGCCCUAGGACUCUGUCCGGGUGCCACGAAUGUGUACAACCUCGUAACCUCGCGCUAUGGUGCAGAGAUCCUAGCCGAUGGCACCUACCAAUGCUUCUCAGAACAGAAGUCUCCUGUAUCCCUGCUGUCCAAGAUUAUCCCCAGGUUACUCAUUCUGAGUCGAGCUUGUGUGAUAGCAUGCGACACCGUCGUAAUCUUGUCUAUGUGGCUCUACACCCGAUCACACAGAAGAUUCAUCGCACAAGCAAUGCAAAAGUCAUCGCUUGUAAUCCUCAUGCUCAGAGAUGGCAUGAUGCUGUUUGUUUUUAUCCUAAUACUCAAUAUCGUGGACAUAGUGAUCUGGCUCGUCAAGAGUUUCAACAUUAACCUGGUCAUCACUAGCCCUGUUACGAUGGUCCUCAUAUCUCGCUGCCUCUUGAACAUGCGGGACAUCAUUGAGCCGCCUGCGGACACAUCAGAUCUCCCGACACUACACCUUUCAUUCGCCAUGCAGCGCACGGAAUCCACUGCUGCUCCUUCACAUGGUUUAAUCAGUCCGACAGAAAGCACUAUCAGUCCUCCGCAAGCAGAUACGCUCUUGGCAGUUGCGGCCCCUGCGGGAGCAGCGGUGGAACAUACGAGUGCCAAGGGCAAGCCUUCUGGGUGGCUGUAUGAACGGGGGCGAACGGGGAGUGCAACAGAGAGCAUCGACCCGUUGCAGGUCCAAGUGUUUGCCACGUCCGAAGUGUAA